UGUCAAAUAUCAGCUCAAGCUACCUUUUUAACAUACAUGCUAGAAAUGGCAGUCUGUGUAGACUCGGAGGCACCCUUCUCUCUUGUUGCUUUAAAUAUGUUGAGGCUCUGGGUGCUUUGACAGUUAAGGCCAAGGCCUCUCUCUACUGGGAGAAAGAUCAGUCCCUGCAGGUAAACUGAAGGCUUUUCUCUCAUUUUCAACUUUCCGCUUUUCAGGGCCUUCUGAAUGAGGCCUCUGCUCGGCCUAGCUCUUUCCUUGCUAGUCCUGCCCGCCUUAUGCGAUGACACAGUGGCCGACGACAUUGGGACCCACAUGAUGGCUCGCAUCUCGGAGCUCCUGUCCCCGGAGGAAUGCCAGGCCUUCCUCCUCAAACUCCUGGGCCCCGAGGAGAACGUGAAGGACGAGCUGGAGCGCCUCUCCGAGAAGAACAACCCCAUCGGCCGUCGACGAAAACGAAGAAGGCGCCGCGACAUCCUCACCACCGCUCAGUGCAAAGAGACCCUGCAGCAGUGGCUGGAGACGGAAGGAGACACCAUGUACUGGGAUCGCUUGUCCCGGGCUCUCCAGCUGAUCGGCCGCGCCGACGUCUCGCUAGAACUGGGCAAGAACCUCAACCAGGACAAGAACCUGGAGAUCAAGAAGAACGUGGAGGAGUACCACGAGACGGUGAAGCACCUGACCUCCUCGCUGCUCCUGGACGAGGGUCCGCAAGGGAGCGCGCAAAGCCGGCAGCGGCGCCAAGGCCAGGGCUCCGCGGCGGCGCCGCUCGAGCAAGACGAGUGGGACGGGCUGGAGCUGAUGGUGGAGCGGAAAGCGCUGCCGCCUUACAACCGGAGCCUCUUUGAAUGGGCUACGCCUCUGGCGACGGGCGUCCUCAGCGGCUUUCUAACCUCCUUCAUCCUGGUGGCGCUGGCGCUCUACUCUUUCGUCUGGAUCCUGAACGAAGGCAGCAGCCCCAGCUCCACGCCGUUUCCGAGCGACCCCUUGCCCGCCAUGAUCUUACUCCCACCUCCCACCAGCCGCGGAGGCAUCUACUACUCGUUUGAGCACCUCGAAACCUACGGCAGGGAGUCGGGGGACGAUGAAGACGAGGCCGAAGAAACCUUACGCUAAGCCGCAGCCAGGCAA